CCAUGAGACCCAUGCCAAGGCCGUGAUCACUACUUUCUGGAAAUUCUAUCGAGUUCUUCCGGAGCACAGGGCUAGAGCGGACCAGAUCGUGCUGCGCCAAUGCAAGAAGAAGGCCCGCCAGAUGCAGUACGAGGUGCGCUAUGUGGCCAUCUCCACAUACUACCACGACUAUCUUGGUGUGAAGAUGACCAAGGAAGAAGCGCGGAGGAUGGGCAUUACCUUGGAGAGGCCCGAGUUCUUGGCGGUGUGUCCAAAUUGGUGUUAUGGAAAAGACGAGUCCUGGGCGGCAUUGGUGGAUCUUUGGUGUGAUGAGGCUGGAGCCUGGGCGGCUAUGAGAACCCAAAAUAAGGCUAACCGAGGGACGGAGGGAGUACAUGCUCAGGGAAACCGAAACCACUAUCUCCACAAGGCAGUUAAUGAGGAGAAACUGAAGCGGCCGCUCUCACACAUGCAGGCGUGGGAGAUCGCCCAUACGCGGAAGGACCCCAAGCCUGGCGAGCCCAAGUACUACGGCAAGAAGACCGAAGGGAGGAAGAAGGCCUACUCCGAAGCGUAUCUGGAGUUACAUCCUGACACACCUGACCCCAUUGCGGCGCCUCUGGAUGAGAUGGCGGUGGUGAGGAUGGGGCCCAAGGAGCACGGUCGGGAUGCGAUUCUCGAUGCUGUGAUCACUCCUAGUAUCUCCUACACACAGCUUCGUCGGAUCGACCCGAGCCUGAGCCAGCGCACGAGCCAGCCAGUGACUAGUACACAGUCCCUCUUUCAGGAGCAACAAUCUGUAAGUAUUUUCCCUCUUAUCUUCAUUUCUCACUUCAUUUUCCGCAUUUAG